AUGCAAGACUUAAAUUCACCGCCCGAUGCUGGAUCGGAAGGCGUGACCCUUCUCCUUUCUCCUCUGGAGAGAAAUACCCGAUCUGGCCAGAGAUCUUCGGUUGGAGAUGCGGGAGAGACUCUCGUAGAAUUCCUGGAUGCUUUAGCUGGGGCCUUCUUUACUUCUGGCUUCACUGCUGGCUUCACUGCUGGCUUCACUGCUGGCUUCGCUGGUGGCUUCGCUGGUGGCUUCACUGCUGGCUUCACUGCUGGCUUCACUGCUGGCCUCACUGCUGGCUUCGCUGGUCUCCGCAAACCACAGGAUGGGCGCAGUGCCUAUGAACGGGUCUGCACCGUUCUCGACGAGUAG